AUGUCCUCCAACGCUGCCGCCUGGCUGCCCGAACCUAAAGCCCACCCCUUCCAAGUCAAAGAGGCGCCCCUCUGGGAACCCGCCGAGAACGAGAUCCUGAUCCGAAACCACGCCGUGGCGGUCAACCCCGUGGACGGGAGUCUCCAGACCAAAGCCUGGUGGCCCAUGGAGUACCCCACGAUCCUGGGGCAGGACGUGGCCGGGGAAGUUGUCCAGCUCGGACCGAAGGUGACUCGGUUCCGGGUGGGCGCACGGGUGGUGGGACACGCGGUGGGCAUGGCCACCAAGCGCAACCAAGACAAUGCCUUCCAGGCCUACACCAUCCUCCAGACCAACAUGGUCUGCGAGCUGCCCGACGCCAUCGCAUACGAGGCCGCCGCCGUGCUCCCCCUGGGCCUGUCCACCGCCGCCUGCGGCCUCGUGGGUAGCAAUGCCAUCCAGCUCGCCGUCGCCGCCGGAUACGAGGUCGUCACCACCGCCUCCCCCCGGAACUUCGACUAUGUCAAGCGCCUCGGCGCCAGCAGCGUCUUCGACUAUAACAGUCCCACCGUCGUAGACGAUCUCGCUACGGCACUGGAAGGGAAGACCCUGGCCGGCGCCAUGGACUGUAUUGGUUUCGCCGCGACCCCGCUGACCGCGGCAGUCGUCAACAGAUCGCAGGGUUCGAAAUUCAUCGUCACCGUCAAGGGCGGAUUUCAGCCUCCGGAAGGAGUCACAGUCAAGAGUGUGUUCGGUACGACGCUCAAGGAUAACGAGGUCGGCAAAGCCAUCUACGAGGAUUUCCUCCCCCGCGCGCUGGAAGCGAAGUCCUUCAUCCCCGCCCCGGAGCCUCUGGUGGCCGGCCAAGGUCUGCACAGUAUCCAGCCAGCGGUCGAUCGACAGGCCCAGGGCACUUCGGCGCAGAAGGUGGUCGUGGUGCUGUGA